CAGUAUAAAAGAAACAAAUUGAACAAGCGCAUUUAUAGUGUUUCCAAAAUGAUCGCGAGUUAUACUAGACUGAUUGCCUUAUUGGCAAUACUUUCCGUGUCUGCGGCAUACCAAAUAACACCGAACGUUAUUGAUGGCGUUCCCGGGUACCUGAAUAUAAGCAAGGAUCCAUUCGUCAAGAUCGGAUCAAAUUAUUACUUUAUUGAACGUAAAAUCCAAAAGAACUGGUAUGCUGCUUACGAAUCUUGUCGACUAAUGGAUGCAGACCUAAUCGCAUACGAAAGCAUAGAGGAAUUAAAGCUGAUAUCUCAGUACCUUAUUGACAGGAAUAUCGAAAAUUCUUAUUGGGCCUCCGGUACGGACUUAGCCCAGCAGGGUAAACAUGUAUGGCUUUCGAGUGGAAAACCAGUGGCAUCGAACUUAUGGCACAAGGGAGAGCCUAAUAAUCAAAAGGGAAAGGAGCACUGUGAUCAUUUAUGGAUUAACAAAGGAGUGGGUGGACUUAAUGACUAUCAAUGUAAUGUAGCUCGUCUCUACAUAUGCAAGUCACCCCAGCCAAAAACAGCUUCAUUUAUAAUCUGGUAGAUUUUUGAGACCUUUAAACACAUCCUUGUAAAAAUAUAAAGUUGAAAUAAAAAUAUUUAAAAAAA